ACCGCGAAGCUUUUGUAUGAGAGGCGGUAAUGUUAACCAUUACACCAUAUCCGAUACUGCUAGCUUGUCAUCAAGUCUCAGUUGAUGCUCGUAACUUCAGGCUUGAUCAAAUCCUCAUCAACUUGCUUCAGUGCAAAAUAUUCUGAUUCGAACAUUUUGACGAGUAGCUAUGUGUGGCAGGAAUUAAGAUUGCAUAUCCGGGUCUGACUUUACAAGUCGCAGAUAAGUAAGUGUCAGCCCGAUACUCGCUUAUGUUAUGCGACGUUUGUUUCCGUACAUCAUGGAAGCAUAACCUGUGAGCGCGCUAAAGCUUACUGCCUUCUUCCCGUCCAUCCUGCUCAACACCUCUCACAAUGGAUUUCGCACAUCCCUUAUCUUCUAGCAGCUCUUGGAACCGUCUAUGCAAUGUCGUAGAAUAUAGCGGCAUUUUCGAUUCCGAAUAUCGCCAGCCCCACUCACGGUGCAUGGAAAACACAUGUGUUGCCCUUCGGAAGAGCAUAAUCGAAGUCCUUGGCCAACGUGAUUGGACGACCAUCUGGCUCAACGGUCUUGCCGGUGUUGGAAAGACAUCUAUCGCAUUCACCAUAGCUGAGGAGAUGAAAGCAGCAAAGAGACUUGCUGCCACUUUCUUCUUCUCGCAUAAACGUGCACAAAGAGCUGCCGCCAUUAUUCCUACCAUCGCAUACCAGCUUGCAAUAGCUUUUCCGCGCAUUCGAGAAGAUAUCGUGAAAGCGAUCGAGAGCGACGACAGCCUCCUAUCACCUGGAAAAUCUCAUGCAGAUCAGAUGAGGGCGCUCGUUAUCACGCCACUGCAGACAUUGAGAUUUCGUGAAGAGCCCUAUGUCAUCAUUAUUGAUGCUCUUGACGAAUGUUUUUCAUGGGAAGAGGCGGCAAGACUGGUCGCGCUGUUGACAGACACCCUCGCGGGCCCAGCCUUACCAUUCAUCCACGUGAUAUUCACAAGCCGCCCUGAGGAUCGUAUCCGCGCUGCCAUACCCUCCAAUGUCCACGACAUUCUCCUUACCACUCGUGAUGAAGAUACCAUACAGGAUGUCCGUUUAUUUUUGCGAGUGUCACUGGAUAAAACACGAACAAUUCGACCUAUUGUUUUCGGUCAGCCACCCAUCCCCUGGCCGUCGGAGGAUGAAUUCGAGACGUUGGUCUUUAAGGCGGGCGGUCUGUUUGUAUAUGCUGCCAUGGCCAUGAAUUUCAUAUCCGCCGCUGGUCAUCAUCCGCAGGAGAGACUAGAACUCUUACUACGCGAGAAGUCGACUGUCGGUGCCGACAUCGAUCAGCUUUAUCGGCAGAUCAUUGCAACUUCGGAGGAUCCACUUGCGCACUGCCAGAUGUUGGCAGUCUAUUAUCCAUCUUUUCGUGCCGUUACCACUUGCGGAACUCCAAGAACUUUUUUACGUAGAUAA